AUGACCGCCCACUAUGCCCCUGGCCUUACUGCAACCUGGUCACGUUCCCGCGUCGCCUGCAUCUAUACACUCCUUACUCUCACCCCGGACCUCUUUCCACCUGUCAUGACCUCUUCCUCCCCUCAUGCCCCAUCUCCUCUCACACAUAGCUCGCCUCCUCAAUUCGCCUCUGGCCUGGACCUGACCGCCCUGCCGCCAUUCUUUGUCCUGCCAGCUCACCUCCCUGCCGAUGACCUGCACGAGUUGGAAGAGAGGAUCACCGAAUAUGGUGGCCAGGUGACCUAUGAUGUGUCUGAGGCCAAGCUGCUUCUAGGAAAGGUUGGCACCAAACGACGAGCUCUUAUGGAGCUACGCUCACGCCGCCUUGAUACUGAUGAAGUAACGCUGCCGCCUGUACCUGAUGCAGACCUCGAUAACCCGGAUCCGCCAGCCAAAAGGCGGAGGGUGGAGAGCGGAGCCCAUCUCAAAGCAACGACUGGCGAUCCUGUUGCUGACGGUGCAGACAGAAAUUUUUCCCUCGCCGAACUUCAGGACGAUACGAUCAAGGUCAUCAGAAUGGAAUGGCUUGAUGAUUCUUUGAAUUCUGGCAGGCUCCUGCCUCUGCGGAGCUAUAUUGUGUACGAAGGAAAGCCAUCCAGUGCGUCUCCAUCAUCAACCCACGUACGCACUCCCGCUCCUCGCAAGCCGCGUCUUGCUUCAGGCCACAGCAUCCUCGAACGCGCCAAAGCCGAUGCCCAUUUCGGGACAGCAGGCACUCAGGAAAACCCAAGCACAACGCGCUGGGCUCCUGCUCAUGAUCGCCCCAACUCUCACAAAAUUUCGCUGCUCCAGCAAACCACCAGUGAAUACGAAGGAAAUCCUGCAAGCGACGUUCCCCUGCCUCCGGACUGGGUCGCGAGGGGAAUCAAGUAUGCUUGCCAGCGCUCAACCCCUGCCAAUUCGCCCAACCCUGGCUUCAUCGAACAGCUGAAGUCCAUACGUUUGAUGCGCACUCUUACUGGCGACGAGGUCGGCGUACGCGCAUACAGCACCUCCAUCGCUGCUAUAGCUGCAUACCCUCGCCGAAUCAUUCACCCAAAGGAGAUUCUCCGUCUCCCCGGCUGUGACGCAAAGAUUGCCAAUCUCUGGAUCGAAUGGAAGAACGCCGACGAAGGCACCGUUUCCGCCGUCGUAGACGCUGAAAAGGACGAGACGCUAAAAAUACUCCGUACCUUCUACAAUAUCUGGGGCGUCGGCGCCCACAGCGCGCGCGAGUUUCUUUUCGAUCGCGGCUGGCGCGACCUCGACGACGUGGUCGAAUGUGGGUGGGACACGCUAUCGCGCGUGCAGCAAAUCGGCGUCAAGUACUACGACGAGUUCCAGCAAGGCAUUCCGCGGACCGAGGUUGAGCGCAUUGCAGCCAUCGUUCGGGACCACGCCAUCCGCGUGCGCGACGAGCGGGUCGACGUCAUCAUCGUGGGCGGGUAUCGCCGCGGCAAGGAGGCCACCGGCGACGUCGACCUCAUCGUAACCCACCGCGACUUUCACGCCACGGAGAACCUUAUCACGGACCUGAUAGCCAGUCUCGAGAAGGAGAGUUGGAUAACGCAUACGCUGCUGCUGUCUCUUCACAACACGCAGCGCGGCCAGUCCGUCCUGCCCUACCGCGCGUCGAGCACCAUGGCUGGCCCGAAGAGCUCGGGAUUUGACACAUUAGAUAAAGCCCUCGUCGUGUGGCAGGAUCCAGAGUGGCCGUCGAAGGAGUCGAUUCUAGCCGAGGAUCCCAAGGCGAAGAACCCGAACGUUCAUCGCCGUGUUGACAUCAUCAUCUCACCGUGGCGAACUGUCGGUUCUGCCGUUGCGGGAUGGAGCGGAGGAACGACUUUCCAGCGCGACUUGAGGAGGUAUGCUAAAAAUGUCAAGGGGUGGAAGUAUGAUAGUAGUGGGGUUAGGGAUAGACGGACUGGAGAAGUGGUCGUGCUGGAGGGGCCAGAUGGCGUCGGAGAAGGGUUAGGGUGGGAAGAUGCAGAGAAGAAGGUAUUUGAGGGGUUGGACCUAAAGUGGAUCACACCGGAGGAGAGAUGCACCGGAUGA